GUCCGUAUAUAGUUUCUCAGGGGGAUGCAGAGUUUAUCUCUGGGGUGGCACUGCCUUCCCCAGCCUCCCCAUAGACACAGACACACCCCUGCACCCACAUCGCUAGUAGGACUAUCACGGUGUCCAGCAUUAUAUGUUAAACGCGCACAAAUAAUAGAGGGAGCACAAUACAUAGGCAUUCUCUCCAGUCGUCUUGCACAUAAUCAAGACAUAUUGAAUUGAAUUUAAAUGAAUUGAACAUCCCCGACCAUCCCGAGGGACUUUCCCCCGGACGCUCACCAAAAUCAUGUGACAGCAACUUCACUUUUUGUUCUGGGCUAACUCAAUUCAUUUCCGCAUAUAGUUGGCCUACAUGUUUUUACAACAGUACUAAAGAAGACAUUCGAAAGAUAUCUUUGCAUUUCCGAGCGCUUUGGACUUUUUGUGAAGCAAAACGACUAUAUUUUGGAGAGACCGAUUCACCGUGUCCGCACAAAGGAUUUACCGACAGUAAACUCACAACCGUCAUGGGAAGAAGGCGUUGGAGAAAGCUAAUAAUUCUCCGAGGUCUGCCUGGAUCAAGAAAGACGGACAAAGCAAAUGAGCUCUUAAAAUACUUUAAAGAACGUGGGAUGUAUGGGAUAAUAGUGAGCGCGGAUGAUUACUUUCGAAAUGGUCCAAAUGGCGAGAUAGUCAACUUUGACGCCAGGAAACUCUAUGCAGCUCAUAAAGAGGCACUGGAGAAGGCUUUGGACGCUAUGUUAAGGAAAGAAAAUCCUAUCAUCAUUGACAACAUCAAUAUGGAAUUCCAGUACAUGUAUCCUUAUGUUUUUAGGGGUUUUCGUAAAAGAUAUUGGAUUGAGUUUGUUGAUUUGAUGGAUGACAAUGUUUGCCCCUAUGACUCAUACAGGAGCUGUAAAGGAAAGAUCCCUUUGGAGAAGUUUGAAAAAUGGAAGGCCUCCUACAGAAAAGUAAAACAUAUUUAUCAAAUUCUGCAUGACCCAGUGUCAAAAUCCAAGUGGAAGUACCGUUUGUAGUAUGGAAUGGGACAAAACAUUGCAACAUGUAAUCCAAGGCAAAACUAAUAAUAAGUCAUCACACUUAAUUUACAUAUAGUAUUUGUGUCUGAUAACUGAUACUUUUAAUCUGAAAUAUUGAGUCAGAAAGGAAGUUGUUUUCUAACUUGAAAUUGUAUCCCCUAUGUGCACAUUUCAGUUAUUGCUAGAGUCAAGAGAGACAAGAGUCUGUUGUCUAUUUGUUUCAGUUCAGCAAGUCACCAAAUAAAAACAAAAUUGAUGAUAAGAA